UAUAUAGAUAUUAAUAGAAGAUAAUAAAAUCUGGAAAUUAGGUUUUUGUUGUAAAUAUUUGGAGGUGUGAAUAUGAUAUUUAUCAUAAGUAAUAAAAAAAUUAACAACAUAGCCCCUGUAAGCUUAAUUCAUUUGACAGGUAACGCGGCUAUUGCGUCAUAUUUCCGCGCCGCUCGGCUCAUCGCUGCAGAGGACGCAUCCAGCAUGGGGCACCUUGGAGGCUUAUUUCUGCUGAUCGCGCCGCUCAUUUGGCUUCAUGUUCAGGGUGUUGCGGCUCACUCUUUGUCCGCCUGUAACCAGCAGCUGGAGUUUAGGUGCAGCGAUGGAUCGUGCGUGUCGAGGCUGAAGCUGUGCGAUGGCCGCGCAGACUGUGCCGACGGAUCGGAUGAGCGCCAAUGUGGCCACAGCAGGUGCGGGAAAGAGGAGUUCGCCUGCCGCAGCAAGCGCUGCAUAUCAGCGAAGCUCUUAUGUAAUGGCGUAGACGACUGUGGCGACGGGAGCGACGAGGAUUCCUGCCCCAUCUGCACCGCCGGCUUUUUCUCCUGCGGGCCGAGCGAAGCCUGCCUGCCCAGAAACAGGCUCUGCGACGGCCGCAGCGACUGCGACGACGGACGGGAUGAAGCGCCGGUCCUGUGUGGUUCAGUCCAAGCCUCUCCUCAGAGCUCCUCAGCCUGUGCGGCCUCACAGUUUCAGUGUGGAGACGGAGAGUGCAUCCGGCACGCGUGGAGGUGUGACCACUCCCCGGACUGCUCUGACGGCAGCGACGAGGAAAACUGCGAUAUCGCCGAUCAGGAUGAGUGCCAGGACAAUAACGGCGGCUGCUCCCAUUACUGCUCGGACCAGCCGAUUGGCUUCCUCUGCCAUUGCCCUGACAACAUGAAGCUGGUGGAAGACAGCCGAUGUGAAGAAGUGGACGUGUGCCUGGAGAGCGACGUGUGUGAUCAGCUGUGCGUUCACAGAAACGGCAGCCUCACCUGUGAAUGUCAACAGGGCUACCAGAUGGACCCACUGACCGGAGAGUGCAAGGCCAAAGGAAAUAAUGCUCUGCUGGUUUUCAGCUCUUCUAAAGGAAUCCAAAUUAAAAACCUUACUAACAAGGAGUAUAAGGUACCACUCCCACAUUUUCCAGGACCUGGUCCAAUAGCUGUCCUGGCCUCUAAUCACACGGUGUACUGGGCGCAACAUGGACGAGGCUCCAUUUACAGGGUGUCUGUAGCUGACAACCCAAAGAAAGCUGUGUUGGUGUUGAAAGUCCAGGGCUCUGUGUCUGGGCUCGCUGUGGACUGGCUCCACCGACUUCUCUACUGGACAAGUGUUGAGGCAGGUUCGCUUAACGCGGCUCUGCUGGAUGGAUCUUUGCAACGUCAGCUUGUCACGGGGCUCAACGAACCCUCUGCCGUGGCUGUGGAUCCUCUUCAAGGCUUCCUCUUCUGGGCUCAGUGUGGCAGCACCCCAAAGAUAGAGAGGGCCACCCAGGACGGACAUGACAGGAUGGCUUUGGUCACUGCUUUAAUACGCCAGCCAGUUGCUCUUUCUCUCGACAUGCCGCGGCGGCUGCUGUACUGGUUUGACCAGGGGACGAAGAGUAUUUCCAGGAUAACUCUUGAAGGCCGGCACCGUAAAACUGUGGUAGAGUCCAACGGCUACCUGGACCGGGUGUUUGGACUCGCCGUGUUUGAGGGAUUUUUAUAUUGGGGCGAUGAAGCUUCGCACUCCCUCUGUCGUGCGAACAAACACGACGGCAGAAGCCUCCAGGUGCUGGCGUCAAACAUCUCCUUAUCAGGGGGCGUCGCCGUUGUUCACUCGGUGCUUCAACCAGAAGGAGCGGCCGCAUGCGGACGUCCAGGGACGGCGUGCCGGCACGAGUGCGUUGUCGACCUGGCGUCGGAGAGGCCGCGGUUCAGCUGCCACUCUCAACAACCGAGACCAAGCAAUCCUCAAAUUCCUGCCAUCUCUCGCUCUGUUCCCGCCUCAACUUUGUCCGGUCCAACAUUUGCUGGGAUUGUGUCUCUGAUAAUUUUCCUCAGCCUGAUGCUGGUGGGGAUGGCGUUGUGGUGGUGGCGGGAAGAGUUUCGGCCCUCCAGGUCUUCCACGUUUCAGAGCUUCUCCCUCAAAGAGUCCCAGGACCCGCUCAUCGCUCAGGGGCCCCCUGUGAGCCCUGACACCACUUUAGUCAAGGAAACCCUUCUCAGGCUGGACUUGGACUCCGAGUGAAGGAGCGGCACCGACGCACAGCUGUUCACACCCCUCCUGCUGAUAUCAUCGAGACGCUGAACUCGGAGCGGACACACCCGGAUGAUCAUGCCGUCAUGUCCCAGCCUCGUCUGGGCGUGAAUGCCUCUGAAGCACGGACUUCUACGUCUGCGCUCUGGAAACUGUGGUGGCCCGCCAUCAUUGCUCCGUUGACUCAGUCUGAAGGGUAAUAACUUCUAGUCCUAGUGGGUCUCUGCUGUCGAUGAGGUUUAUGAGUCACUCCAAGAGCCUUUGUGCAUAAAUGAACAUGAGAGUAUCAAAUCAUUAGGGAGGCAAAUCUCAGAGGCUUUGAGAUGUAAUAGAAAUAGGAUCUGUUUAAACUCACAAUUGCCAUAAUAAGUGUGUAACCGGAUGUUAGGCUGGACCACAAUAGUUUUGUAGUAUCAGAUUUUCUAAAGAUGCUGGGUUGUUGAAUUGCUGAAUGGGUUUGUCAAGCUUGUUUUUGUUUGUUUCAGAGAGUUAUAGAACGGUACAUGCAAUAUAUUUAAGUGCACUUUGUCCCUCUGCAUACUUACAGAUUUAUGCAUUUAAGUUAUGAAGUAUUUGGGGGGUAACUUGACAAUUUUUUUUUUGUUGUUGAAUGAAACUGUUGUUCUUCUGGUUUGCUCUUCUGGCAAUCAGCUCUGUGAAUGUGCUGUAACCCGCCUGCUGCCCAAUGAGUACUUGAAUCAUUUCAGAUGUAAAUUAUUAUUUUAUGUUCUAAAGUAACGGUGUGUUAAAUCCAAAGUGUCAAACAGAAAAACAAAACUAAUAGUUAAACCCUUCGUUGGUGUUUAUUUCAUCUAAUUGGGUUUUGUAACAUUCCUUUUUUCCAUUAUGGGGUUGGAAUCUGGUUUUUGAUGUUCAAAUUAAAAUGGGGGAAAAAAAUCCAAAGCUGCCUAGUUUGAUCAGACAAGCUUAAAAUAUAAGUGGCCUUUUUUGCUCCACAAACAAGAAAACAGCACAAAAAUACAGACAUUUUUUUUUGUUUAAUCUCUGCAUUAAAGUACAGUUUCCUGUUCAUAUUUGUAUAAUUAUGUGUAAUUCACCUGAAAACUAUUUUCAUUUAUUGAAAUACAGCUUUGAAAAAGACCCAUUUAGUCUAGAAUGGAAACAGGAAGCAGUAAAGCCACGACAUUUGUUAUUCACCUACAGUGCCUUGUAAAGGUAUUUCAACCAUUUUUUUUGUUGUUUUUCCAUGACGUCUCUUCGAACAGAAUUAUGUGUAAAGGGAUACAUGGUUUUGGUUUUGCAAAGAAAAGUUCUGAUAUGCAUGAAGUGCUUCUAUUUUCAAGCCUGUUUUGUUUGAGGUUUUAGUAUGUAAAGUCCACCCGUUUGUAAUUUAACCUAACCAAAUGGUUGGCGUCAUCACAGCAGAAAUCCGACCUCCGCCCCAGUCUUAGGUCUUCUGGAGCCUCUAACUGCUUUUCUUCUAGGAAUGGGGAAGAACUGUUGAGAAAAGCAAACCCCAUUCACUAUUUAAAUGAUUUAACAUAAAUGUUUAGCGGUAUGAGAGCACAGCGGGUGGAUAGGAAUUCAUGAAAUGGUUUUAAGAUGUUUAUUUGUGUUAAAAAAAAAACACUGAAAAAAAUGUGCAUCGCUUUUCCUUCAUAACUUCACAUUACUUUGUGUUUGUGGUUAUAUUGGGAUGUGAUGUAAAGCCAUUUUGAGGGUGUGAUUACUUUUGAAAGCGACUGUAUAAAUAUGUUUAUUUAUUCUAAUUUCCUCCUGAUUUGUUGCCUAAAAAAAUAAUAAAAGUGGGCAAAUAAUGUCAGCAACAGUUUCUGUAUUUAGCGGAGGUAGUUGGGGUAAGAUGACGGUUUAUUUGCUUGUUUUCAUUUUGAGUUCUUAUUCUGAAAUGGGAACAAAUAUAUCUAGUUUUUUUUUUUUUAACAUCUCCAUGUUUGAAUACCUAACAAUUUGUUUUGCUCUUUAUUUUUGUGAAAAUCUUAUGCAGAUUGUUACGUCUUUUAGGACAGAUGGUUGAGAGAUAUUGUAAGUGUCCUGCUGCGUUCUUCAGUUGAUAUUUAUUUUUAAGGAGGGCUUUUGUUUUUUCUUUUGGGGGCGCUACAUGUGUUGUAGAAGUUUGUGUUUAGUACUACACUGUUGAUGCUGUGAAAGAGCCCAAUAAACUCAAUGUUUUGCUCUAGUUUUGGGUCUAAUCAGCCAUCUCCUCACUGAGAUCACACUUUUUUUAAUUUUUUUAUUUGUAAUAACGUAUCUGUAGUUUAUUGACUAUAUUUUCUUUUCAUAAUGUUUGUGACAAUGCAAAAACUGAGCAUCAUGAAUCCCUUCACUUAGGGUAAAGUGACACACCUGAUUCCAACCUUUUUAUUCCUUUCUAUUUUAUCUGAGAUUACCAGAAGAGGUUAAAAUCCACCUCUGUUUGUACCAUAGCUUUCAACUGUCUUUAAUGCAUGUUUACCAUCAUCACUCAAGCACGUCAACAUGGAGCAGAACAACAAACACCACUGUUUAUCUGCCUUUAAUACGUAAUCGUUUCCUCUUUCCUGUUUCGGCUGAACUUAAGCCAGAUCUGCCCUUCAUGUCAUUUAUGUAAUCAUUUAUGUUUAGAUAAUUUUCUCGUUCACUUUAACAAUCCAUCGGUUCUCACCAGCCACUUUUGUUUAAAUAAAGUUAUGAUUUUGGUCACUUA